AUGACGAACAGGAAGAAGCGGUAUGCCGACCUCCGCCCAGGCGAUCGUCAAGAGCUCCUAGAGGCUCUACGCACAAAUUGCGUGCACAACGUGGGCUCUCUGCUCGAAUUUCUGGAGGAUAGCCAGAAUCCGAAUCUCGACGUGGAGUCUGUCAUCGUAGGACUCGCUGAAACCGCGCUCGUAGAAAACGCGUGCAAUCCGGUGUACGAUUCCGAUGAUGAUCUUUACUACCCGCCCUCCCCUGCUGAGACGUCCGCUUUACACAAUCUGUCGGUGGCCGGUCGCGCAUCGACAGAGGCCACCAUCGCUGCCACCCAAGCACCGCGCCCACAGGUUGGCGGAUCUCUAGUGGCCACGGUACACCGCGGUAGAGGUACUUCUAGGACCAAUCGAAGGAUGGAUCUGGCCGCCUCCGCCCCGUUGGGACGUGGGAUUUGUUCCACCUACGGCUCUGUUCGUACAUCCUCCAGCGACGGGGCCUCCAGUGCUGAUAUGUCCUUCGCCGCAUACCGAGGCGAGCGCCCAAGCUCUACUGCUUGCAGCCAAGGUCGGGAAUUCGCCCAUGGCCGACGCCAAUCCAAGUUUCGUCGCGAGGAGACACCUCGUUCGUCGACACCGCGCAGCGAGGGCCCCAUUUAUCCAAUCCACACCCAGUUGCAUCCUCCCGCCCAACACCAGCUCCCACCUCACGUCGAAAUCCAUCCGUCCUGGGAAUGGGACGCAAACGACCCUGAUGCCCGCAGUCUUAUGGAGUUGGCGUCUGGCGAUGCUGUUUUGUCACCCACAAGCCGCGAGCCAAGCGAUUCGCCUGGUACUACGUCACCUCCCCUCAUUUCUCCUCCUGGGUCCCCAGGUCCUCCCGCCGAUUCUCUGCUUGUUGCCGGCGCCGGACGGCUUGGUGUUAGACCGCCUGACGAGCGACUUCCGACCCCAGCCUCAGCGAGGCAGCCAUCUAUUAUCAACAAUGCCGCCCACACCCAUACACCCCAUAGCCUGUCGUCUCAUUCGUAUUCCCGUGGUUGGAACUUGACACCCCGGCCCACCGUCCCUUCGACGGAUCCUGGCGCCUCUACCAAUCGAACCGGCCCAUUCCCAGAUCGACCUCGGACCCCCAUGCGUGGACGGUGGUAUUCGCCGCAGCGUUCGAACGUGUUCAAUGCCGCGCCUGUUCCUCGAGAACGGCCCCCCCAAUCGCCUCCCCCAGCGUACUCCGUCUACGAGCUGCCGCCGCCAUCAUCUGCACCAUUGUCGGCAUGUGGCCUGUCCUCUGUUGACGUAUCGACAUCCUCGAGUGCUCCUUCCUCAGCUGACACUCCAUCGAGGAUCGAUACUCGGUUGUCCGUGCCCCCUGCUCCGCGUGAUGAUGCCCCUACUCCUCGUACUCUGUCUUCCAUGUAUCCUGAGGUGACCGAGUUUCACAUACCCCCACCAGACGAACAAAAUGGUCCUGGAAAGUACUUCGCGGUUAGGAUCGGCUACAAUGUGGGCAUCUGGAGGGAUUGGCCCGACACGUCGCACCAAGUUCUCGGUUGUCCAAAUAAUAGCUUUAAGGGAUAUCGGACCUUCGCUCAGGCGCGAGAUGCGUUUUUGCGCGCUCUGGAGGCACGGGAGGUCUUAGUUGUACCUCGUUAA